CAUUCAUACCCACGGGUUUGAACCGUAUUUGGGAAGCAAAAACCCUAAUUCUCAAACUUGGCGGUCUAAAUCUAACUGGUCAAUUCACGGGGAGAACUCUUCCCCGAUCACUUCAUCUCUUAGGGUUUCUUCUGCAACAACGAAAUGGGGAAAGGUACUGGGAGUUUCGGGAAGAGGAGGAACAAGACUCACACGCUUUGCGUGCGAUGCGGACGCCGCAGCUUCCAUCUGCAGAAGAGCCGUUGCAGUGCCUGUGCAUUCCCCGCCAGUCGCGUCCGGAAAUAUAAUUGGAGUGUGAAGGCUAUUCGUAGGAAGACCACUGGAACUGGCCGUAUGAGGUAUCUUCGCAAUGUGCCACACAGGUUCAAGACUAACUUCAGAGAAGGUACUGAAGCAACUCCAAGGAAGAAGGGAGCAGCAGCCUCAGCUUAAGGUUUAGAAGGGUAAUGGGAGUAUAUGAACUUUUAUUAGUCCUGUAUUGGCAACUAAGAAUUGUUGGAUCCUUGUUUAAGUAGUGUUUCUUUUUAUUACGCGGGAGUUGUUGAUUUUUUUCCAAGUAUUAGAUAGUUACGAGUUGUCACUGCAUUUCCUGAGGACGUGCUUCCUUUCACUUUUAUACUUAAUCAAAACAUGUAUGUUCUUAUACGAGCUUUUAUUUGUCCUGUAUUCGCAACUAAGAAUAGUUUGAUCCUUGUUUAAGGAUUAUUGCUUUUUAUUACGAGGGAGUUGUUGAUUUUUUCCAAGUAUUGGAUA